AUGUUGAGGGCUCUCAUUCUUUUCUUUGUUGCGGCAGCCAUCAACCAACUGAGAUGGUACUAUACGCAGCAUUCUACCACCGGCCGGCGCAUUGGGUUCCUUCAGGCCCUUGAUGAUGCUUCUCGAGGUAUAUUUGGGUCUCUCACACUGUUAAUGUCUCGCGAGUUUUUGAACUGGUCGUCCAUAGGGUGCAUCAUUACCAUUGCGGCGUUUUUGGUAGGACCUCUGACCCAGAAUGCCGUAAAGCAGGAGACCAGAGCAAAAGAUCCAGUCAAAGGGGCACAUAUAAACGUCGCAAAGGUGUACAAAUUGGUUCACUCGAAUGGGAAUCAAAAUGAGUUGACUGCCCAAGCAAAUAUUGAGGCAGCCAUCGUUAACGGGUGGGGUCACUAUGCGUCACUUCAAUUCGAAAAAGACGAUUCUCUGAUGGAGAAAGUGUUCCCUACGCCUCUCGAAUGCCCUGAGAAGAGUAAGGUAUUUUGUUCGUGGAAAAAUAUCAACAACCUUGCAAUCGACUAUGAGUGCGCAACAAAACCCACUCGAUUGCUCGAACUGGACAAGGACUACGAGCUCAAUAUGACAGCCAGCAUGACUAGGCCCGAGAAAUCCACCUUGCCUCGGAGGGAGUAUCCUCUCAUUAUCCAUGUACGGGCAACUGGAAGACCGCGAGAGAAAGGCGAUGACUACGUGGAGCAUGCGGAGUGUGCGCUUUACUGGAGAAUUCAGCAUUUCUCGAAAGCCACUUACAAUGGAACUCUUUGGCAGGAAAACACAGCAUUCCUUCCUGAACUGCCCGCGGAAUAUGAGGGCCCGUCGAUCAAAUGGAACAUUUCAUCAUCUGUGUUCGAGGUCAUGAAUAAUGCAACACAGGGGCUGAGCACUAGCAUGAGCUCGUGUUUCAACAGGACUAUCCUAAGGAAUCCCAACUCCGGAAAGCUAACCUACGAUGAAAUGGCGACCCGGGUUUUUCGCGACAGCUGGAACAAAAAGGCUGAUAAGGACCUCAAUACCCUCGCUCUCCAAACAACGCUCAAGAGCUACGUCAAGAACGUGGCGCUCUACACCUCUGCUGCCAUCCGUGCCAAGUCUGACCAAACGGCUCCCGGGUACAUUCACAGGAGAGAAGAGAUUUACGUUAUUAAAAAACUGUAUCUGAUAUACCCCCUCGUCGUCCUGAUUUUGAGUAUUCUUUUCUUCCUAGUGACGAUAUAUUUAACCUGGAACGACGAGGUGUGGAAGAGCAGUCUUCUUCCACUGCUGUAUCACGGGUUCGCUGAAUCCUUCCCUGAUAACCUCAAGACCAUGGCCGAGAUGACAGAUGAGGCCGGAAAUAAGGCGUUCGAACUGAAGAGUGAUGGCGAGAAGGGUUUAAGGUUUUACGAGAAGGAGCAAGUUGAAAGUCGGAUGCCGAGCACUAAAAUGGGAUAUCAAUCGAUCAUACCACUCGAGCCGUAUGGUCCAAACAGAAACGACGAAUGA